AUGGGCCACGUCGACCCCCACAGUAUCAAGAUCAUCCCCGCUGCCGCGCGCGCAUUCUUCAAUGCGAACCGGUACGCCGUUGUCGGGCGUGUCAUUUCCGACCCGUCGCGCUUUGACAACAAGGCAAGUCCACCCUUCCCCUCCCUCCCCCGCCCCCGCUCACACGCGCAGGUCCUCAAGUGGUACCAGGACCGCAACCUCCCCGUGACGCCCGUGCGCAACAACCCCAAGUUCCCCAACACGGAGCCGAUCGAGGGCCUGACUGCCGUCAAGUCCCCGCUCGAGCUCAAGGAGCUCGACAAGACGAGCCUUAGCUGGAUCCUGCACCCCGCCCUCGGCUUUCCCCUCCUCAAGGAGCUGUACGGCCCCGAGGCGAAGGGCAAGUCGCCUGUCGGCGUGUGGAUCCAGCCCGGCGCCGAGAGCGACGAGAUCGAGGCGUUUAUCAAGGAGCACGGGCUCGAGGACAAAAUUGUCGUCGGCGGCGCUUGUAUCCUCGUCCACGGCGACGCUGCGCGCGCUGGCGAGGCGAAGCUCUAA